GCUAUAGCCUAUAUGAUAAAAGUUUUGAUAAGCCGUGGAAUUACAUUUAAGAGCUCAAAGACAAUUCUCUCGUCAUCCUUUAGGAAUACUACUUAAGGACUCAUUAACUCCGAUACUCAAAUCAGAAUGUAGUUGGAUUAACGAAAAGUACUUAACCCUUUAUAGACGGAUAAUAAUUUAUUAUAUUUAAAAAAACUGUUUUAUUCGACUAUAAAUAAAAAGAUUUAAUGGGACUUAGAAGUCCCGUUAGUCAAUAAAGAUGGGGUGAUAUAAAUUAUAAUAUUAUUGUCUCAAGUUAUUGGAUACAGACAAGAGGACCAGAAGUGUUUUCGGUUCACGGUGUUCCUCGAAGAACCAAUAAUAAUAUUGAGUCAUUCCAUAGCCAGCUUAAAGAAAAAUUCCAAACUGUUCAUCCUAAUCUGUGGACAUUUUUAGAACAUCUAAACAAUUUAAGCAAAAAAAACCAUGUUAUUAUUCAACAACUGGAAAGAGGUCAGAGAGUUACACGUCCCAUAAAAAUAAAGUAUCUGGCAAACUCUGAGCGAAUUAUGACUGCUACAAGACAGCUAACUCUUGGUACUAUUACUGUUAAGGAGUUUCUUUUGCAAUGCUCGCAUAGCACAGAAACUUAUCUGAGACAAGAAAUUAAUUGGCAUAAUAAUAUCGAACAAGAUGAAAACAUGCAAGCCAGUGACCAUCAAGAAGAUGAAAACAUGCAGGCCAAUGAUCUUAGAGAUGAUGAAAACAUGCAGGCCAAUGUUCAUCAAGAUGAUGAAAACCAACAGGAGAAUGAUAAUAAUGAAAGAGAUGUGAUAGUUUAUGACCAAAUCGAACCUCUACAACACGUGGUCAAUGUAAUUGAGAACAACAGUUAUUCUGAUGACGGUGUAUAUUUUCCAUUUUUAAGACCUCGAAUAAGGAGUAUUGAAAGAAAUGAUUCUGAUGAAUCUGUGGUGAAUGACGGUAUAAAUCGACCUCUGAAUAAUGAAAAUGAAUCUCCUUCACAUCAAGAAAUUCACUGGAACGAGGAAGAUUUCAUUAUACCUGAGGAGUUAGAUCCAGACAUUAUUUAUAUGAUGGAAAUAGAAGAAAAUAGGAGAAUUUUAGAAAUUCAAAAUUUACCUUACGUCCAAGUCCAAGUACCUGAAGUUCUUCCUCCUGUUGAAACAGGAAACCAAGCAAAUAUGUGUGUUGCUUGUCUUGAUGCGGAAAGUACUCACGCCUUGUCUCCAUGUGGUCAUAAAUCUUUAUGUUUAAUGUGUUUAAAAUCAUUAGUUACAGAACGCUGUCCGAUAUGUAACAGUAUAUUCACUUCAUAUCUACGCAUUUGGUAGUGUAAAUAUUAUUUUUCAUAAAAUAAUGUUAUUUGUUGAAAAUUAUUAUUAUAUUUACUUUGCUUAUUA